AUGACCUCUAUAGUAUAAUCAUCUAUUUAGAAAUUUUAUCAUAAUUCUAACUUGAAUUUGGUAAUACUACAUGGGUUGAUGGGAUCUAAAAACAAUUUUAAGACAGUUUCUUAAUCUCCUUUAUGGACUAGUCAACUCAAUUCAACACAUUUAUUGGAUCUGAGAAAUCAUGGGGAAUCUCCACAUACUCAGUCUAUGACUUUAGGGGAAAUGGCAGGAGAUCUAUCAGAUUAUAUAAAAGGAAUUAAUGAUGUUGUAUUGUUAGGACAUUCUUUGGGUGGCAGAGUUAUUUUUAAAUAUCUACAAUAAUAUGAAAAAGAAGUCUAAGAAAAAGUGAAAGGAGUAAUUAUCGUCGAUAUAUUGCCAAAAGCUGUUCAAUCAACAUAUGUCCAUGAAUUACUGAAAAAGCUAAUCUAAAUAAACUUAAAUCAAAUCACCUAUAAUCAAUUAAUGGAAAAAGUUUUUGAAGCCUCUCAAAAUAAAUCAAUUGCUUAAUUAUUAAUGACAAAUUUAUAAUCAUAACAACCGAUAAUGAGAAAGGAUAUUUAAUAUGAUUUUAAAUGGAGGGUUAAUUUAUAAGGGAUACUAAAUGAUUUUUAAACUAAUAUUUUAACAGACAUAACAGCUAAUUGGAAAGGUCCUCAUUGUGUAAUCUGUGGAGAUAGAUCUCAAUAUGUUAAUAAUUAGACGGUUAAUCAGAUGAAAAUGGUUUUCCCUAAUUUUAAGGAGGCACAUUUCAUUUAGGAUUGCGGUCAUUGGGUCCAUUCUGAAAAGCCUUAGGAAUUUAUACAAAUUGUGAGCUCAUUUAUUUAAACUUUAAGAUGA